AUUUUGGCAGUCUGAACGAAAAUGACAUGAUAAUGUGAGCUUCAUGGCAUGAAAAUUUCCUCUCUUUGUUUCAUGUUGAUAACACUGGUUCGACAUGGUGAGAGUAACGGUAACAUAAUGCAACAAUGGCAAGGAAUCACUGACGGACCGUUAACCAACAAGGGGAAAAUGCAAGCAGAGCUUCUAGCUCAUGAGUUGAGUAAAUAUAAGCCCGUUGAGUCGCGCUUUUGAUACAGCCAAGGCAAUUCAAGCAGCAUUAUUAGAGCAACCAUCAUCGCCACCCGAGAUCAUCACUGAUCCUCGACUCAUCGAGUUGCAUAUGGGUACACUGGAAGAAGCGUCGUGGGCUGUCCCAUACCAGAUCGAGACCCGUGACACGCCAUUUCCCGGUGGAGGAGAAUCUCUCAAUGACGUUCUUUCUCGUGCCUUAUCAGCUUUAGAGUUACUAUUGAGCAAUACUGAAGGAGAAGGAGCAGAGCAUCAUGUAUUGCUGGUGUCACAUGGCAUGUUUCUCACAGAACUUAUCCAUGCUCUUUGCAUCUCCUACAACUCUGCCUGGGUUGAUGUUGCAUGGUCUAAUACAGGGAUCACGACAAUCGAGCUAGACCACAAAGGUCUUCACUUCCUUCGGAUUAAUGAUACGAAUC